AUGGUGAUCGGGAACCGAGAUUUUUCGACUUUCAGGAGUAAGAGUACCAAGAGCACUAAGAGUGACUCGGGGAACGGGGACGAUGCGUCCAUAGGCACGCACGAGAGCUCGUACGAGCACCCUCUGGCUCGCAAAGGUUACGAUAUUGGCCCCGCGUCGAGAUGCGAGGUGGGCGACGUCUUUGAGUUCCUCUGGGCAGACUCGCACGAGUUCGAGUGGGAGUGGAAGUGCCUUGGCUACACGCGCUUCAUCGUCCUUCGACACAGCGACACUUUUCCGCAUUACUGCCACUGUGUUCCCAUCUCCACCCCCACGAAAAAUGACUUCCAGAAGCCCGGAAUCGACUCGAGCCAGCAGGGUUACGUCUUUGACGAAAACGACCGCACCCCGCCAUUCGAUCGUCUCCCCUUCUCCCCCGUCGGCAUGCAGCUCCGUCCGGGCAAGUUCCGCGUGAAAGAGAAUUCACGCGCAAACUAUGCCGACGUGCUCGAGAUUGAUCACGAUGCACAAGUCAUGGUCGUCGGCGACGUCACGCGCUACUUUGACCGGGUGCGGAGGAAUGUCAACAAGGCCGUCAUGCGCAACGUGUUGAAAAAGGCGUUGGAGCAGUACCGCCAGGGCAAGCUCGUCGGCAAAAAGGGCGCCAAGCUCGAGGCGAGCGUCGUCAACGGCGGUGGGAGCCAGGAUGACGAGGAGGAGUUCAACUUUGACGAGGAGCCCGAGGACGGAAGCGAUCCGGACCAUCCCGAUGUGUUCCUGCGACCGGAUGAGACCUCGUCCGUCAUCGAGAAGCGGAAACCCGAUCGAGGAGACCGUAGCGACCGCAGCGACCGGGAACGCGACAGAGACCGGGACCGGGAACCCCUCGUCAGCGCAGAAAUGCCGCCACCUCCGCCCCCGGCCCCGCCGCUGCCGCCGAUGGACCUCCCGUCCCCGAUGCCGAUGCAGCAGCCGUCGCCCCCGCGAGAGCGAGAGCGCGACGACGCGUCCUCGAUCCGGUCCCACGCGUCUCGAGAGAGAAGGCAUUCCCGGAAAGAAGCGCCCCCGCCGAGAGGUGAAGACCUCCCGCGGAAAAUGUCGGAUCACCACGUCGACGGCGCCGCUCGGCCGUAUAGACAGCGCAUCGACCUCCCGCGAUCCCGGAGCCAUCGGGCCUCUGAACACGAGGUCUCUGCUUCAAUGUACGACGUCGCUACGGCCAGAGCGGACUGA